AAAAAAUACUUCCUGAACCAUGGGGUAGAAGGAUCAUACAGUGUCAAAAUAAAAGAAUAAAAUAUAUCGCUGCUGCAUUCAGUUGUAAUCAAGCCCGAUUGAGAGGGGACUUUGCUGUUGUGGGUAUAUAUUCAUUAGUAAAAUAAGCAACAUGGAUAGAAGGUGUUUUGGCUGUGCUUCCAAGUUCUCCAUCUUCAAGAAAGAGUGUGGUUGCAAGUCCUGUGGGCAUUCAUUCUGUGGCAGUUGCUUGGGUUUUAGUGCAGUACUCCCCCAGUAUGGGAACACCAAACAGAAAGUCUGCAGGCGUUGCCAUGAAACAAUCAGCAGUGGAGGAAAUAAAAAGAACGAUCCUUCCAAAUGGUCCCCUCCAGAAAAUUACAAAAAGCGAGUAGCAGCCCUUGAAGCCAAGACAAAUCAAUCCAAGGGGGUGCAAAGAGCUCCAGGCGCAUACAGUUCGAUUACAGAUUCUAGUUACCAUGGAUUGUCAGCUGAGGAUAGAGCCAUAGCUGAGCGUCUGGGAAGGCUUAGAGAAGAAACCAAGCCCAAAGCCGUUCCUUCAACUGCGGAGAUAGAAUCCAGGUUAGAAGCCUUGAGGAAAGACCCAGAUCGGCAUGUCCCAUCAGCAGAAGAGAUGGAGGACCGCUUAGCUGUAUUACAAGGUCGAACUCCUGUAUCCAGAACUCAGAGACAGGUUCACCAGCCACCUGACACCAGAACACAGGGCCAAAGGGCUGAGGACUUGCUGACUCAGCUGAACGAAGAGGUGGCCAUUGAUCAAAACUGUGAGGAAGCUCCUCAGUCACAAGACUUUAGUGCUGCACCUAAGAAUGACCUAAAUAGAGUAGAUGGGAAGGACAGCUGGGCAGAAAUGGAUCCUGCACAACUUGAGGAAGAGAAGAACAAAAUCCUGUCACAAGCUGCAGCAGAGCUAAAAGAUGAGAACACAAGGGCAGAAAAGUUCUUGGAGACAGCCAAACGGCUGGCUGUGCUACAAGGCAAAGACCCAGACAAAGUUACUAUAGACAGCUAUAAACUGCCUGACAGCGAUGAGGAAACUGAGGAGGAAGCCAUACAGAGAGUGCUCAAGCAGCUCUCAGAGGAAGUUGUUCUAGAUGAAGCCAGCGGCUUUAACAUCCCCCCUGAUCAAAACAGACCAGAAGCCAGCAGCUUAAACAUGCCAGUGGGUAAUAAACUUCAUCUACAAGGAAAGGUCACCACAAAAAGCCAACCUCCAGCUGCAAGAACAACUCCCAGAGAGGCUGACAGUGAUGAAGAGGAGCUGCCAUGGUGUUGCAUUUGUAAUGAGGAUGCUAUUUUGAGGUGUCAUGACUGUGAUGAUGAUCUGUACUGCAAGAGAUGCUUUAGGGAAGGGCACGAUGAGUUUGACCGGAAGGAACACAGAACAUCUAGUUACAAGCCACCAAAGAAAAAGAGGGGAAGAUAAAAAAUAAAUACAGAGCAAGAGUAUUUGAAUUCAGCAAGGCCACCUUGAUAUGACCUGUGAACGGAAUAUAAUAAUUCAGCCAUGACUGCUGACCAAUAUGGCUGGGAUGUGGUUAAUAUAUGACUGACUAAUGGUUUUUCUUUAAUUUGUUAUCGGCACCAGCCUUACCUACUGGAAUAAUGCGCCUCUCUGUAUUUUGGAAUAGGGGGAAAUUUAAUUUGCACUAAAUGCUGCUGUUUUGUAGUAGAGGCUCCCUUGUCCUAUGGGGUGCCCAGUUGUGCCUGUUCCACCUGAUAUUUAGGUUAAUGGAAUUUGCCUUUGAGUGUAUUAAAGCCAGAGAAUACAUGUUUCUGUGCCCAUGGGCCAUAGGUCUAAAUUUUUAAAAUGGCUGUGGGGAUGUUUGCUUUGUCUUGCUAGGUUUUUUAUAUCUUGAUGACUCUGCUAAUUAAUCUUGUUAAGGCACUUAUGGGCAAACUCUUGUUUGUUAAAUUACAAAUCCCAGACCCUUUGGCUGGAUAUUGAACUACAGCUAUAUAUGGAGGGCUGUAGAUUAAGCUUUCAUUGAUGUAAACGGUGCUCUUCCUCAGUGCCAGAUGAGGCAUUGUGUAAUAUCGGGGUCACACUUGCUCCCACUGUGUGCUCCCAACUCAAGUGCAUGGAUGGGGACAAACAGAACACUAAAAAUUUGCUGUUAUUUGCUGUUAUAUUGGGUCUGUGAUGUGGUUGCUGAGAAACCUAUAAAACAAGUCAAACAGUAAGGAACAUUCCAGGCUCAAGCUGCACUAUACUGGUGUAUAUACUGAAUCUGGUCAACAUGAACCACUAUCAGGGCAGGUUUAAUGCAUAUUCCUUGAUUGGCUGACAAGCUAAGAAAUACACUUGUGCCCAGUUAGCGAGGUAUCCUGAAACCCUGACUGCCAAGUGCUAUAGAUUCUAUGUGUCUGGGUUCUUGGUACAUCUGUGUAACAUAUGUGUUGAUAAUGCAAGUUCACUAGACCAGAGGAUGGCAUGUCUGUUACCAUAAAUGUCAAACUACCUUCCGAAGAAGUCAUAAGAAAAGCUGGUACUAAUUUCCUAACAGAAGUGCUAAACUGCUCCAGUGCAGUUUUCAGCAGCAAUCAAUCAGCAAAUAGGAAAAGAUCGUAUUGGUUGCUGUGGGCAGUUACACCUGCGGUGCUAAAUCAACCUUGCUUUAAUGAAAAAAUAUAGCCAUGGAUUUUUAUCUGGUGUCCUUUAGAUAAAAUUUAAUUUAAUUAAUCACCUAUUAUUAAAUAUAGAAGGUUAGAAUUUUGCUAUCAUUUAUUUUACUAAGGUUGACCAAUCAGACCAAAAUGCUGACUUCAACCUUUGUGUGUUCCAGUUAUGCUAAUAAAUUUUUGUGUAAGUGCUG